AAAUUUGAUCAUGAUUAACUCAGAAAUGGAAAAAUUUAAACAACAUUGUUGAGUUUACCUUUUUGAUUGUUACCAUUAAAGGUGGAAAUGGAUUAUUGAUCAACGUUAUCAGAACAAUUAAAAUUAUUUCAAUAAAUUCGAAGCAUUUAAAUUGAAUAAUGUCAACUAUUAAAAGUGAAUCAGUCAAUGAUGAUCAGUUGAUUUCACCAGAGGAUCAGUCGAUUAACGUUUAUUAUCAAAUCGCAACGAAUCAACUUGAUAAUCAACAAGUGGACGAUAAAUAUUCAGAUCAAAUUGUCGUCGAUGAUUUUGGAAAUAAUCCAGAUCACAAUCGAAUUAAAAGUGGAAAAAGUGAUCUGGUGAAUAGUGAGAUAAUCGGUGAGGUGAAUGGAAAUCAGGUCACAAUAAAUUCUGUCAAUAACGAACAGGUUGUUAUCGAAAACAAUCAAACUAAUCGGCUGAAUUCACCGCGAAUAUUAGAGACACUUGUUGUAGAAUCAGCGACGACAAUGAAAACUUAUUCUGAAGAAACGGAAACGAGGCCAAAUGACCUGAGAUCGAGUAUAGUUGAAAUUGACGGGAAAAAUUUUAUUAUUUCGUGGAGCCAAUUGACUUAUCGAGUUAAAUUGUCGACGUUUGAUAAACUGGUCAACAAAAUUCGUGGUGUCUCAUUCAGCACCGAUUCUCGGAUUAUUUUACGAUCUCUUCAAGGUUCAUUCGCUUCAGGUCAGUUGACCGCUCUCAUGGGACCAAGUGGAGCGGGUAAGUCAACACUUCUCGAGUGUAUCGCUGGAAUGAGACUCAAAGGAUUAGACGGUUCAAUGAGGUGCAUUGGUCGUGAAAAAAUAUCAAUCGCGUUCAUCCCCCAACAAGAUCAUCUCUAUGAACUAUUAACCGUUCGAGAGGCGCUAAUGUAUGCAUCGGAAUUACAACAUUCUCGAAUAAUUAACGGAACUCGCGUUAAUUAUUCAACAGAUGAUCACAUAAACAUCGUUGAUUCAAUUUUACGACAAUUGAAUCUCGAAGUUUGUGCCGAUACCAAAAUAGGUCGGAUUAGUGGCGGUCAACUGAAACGUGUCUCAAUCGCUCAAGAACUAGUCGCUCGUCCGGAUAUAUUGAUCAUGGAUGAGCCAACUUCGGGAUUAGAUUCAUCAACAUGCUAUCAGCUGAUGGAAAUGUUAGCUGAUUUAACUUCAUCAACACCAAUCGCCAUUGUGAUGACCAUUCAUCAACCUUCAGCUCGAGUGUUCAAUAUGUUCAAUAAGGUUUACAUGUUAUCCAGGGUGGGUAAGUUCAUUUAUGAAGGGACACCUGACGGAGUGGUCAGCUCAUUGUCUCGGGUCAAUAUUAAUUGUGACAAGUUUUACAAUCCCGCUGAUCUAUUGGUUGAAGUUGCCUCGGGCGAUUAUGGUACUGAGGUGAUUCAAUCAAUGGCCUCCAAUGUGGAGAUCGCAAAUAUAAACAAUGCUAAUUUAAGUCAUAAUAAAAAUAUUAAUAGUAAUGGUCAAUUUUUGGGUGCUAAUGGUCAUUCUGCUAAUUGGAUAACCCGAUCAACUCCAUUAAUACAUUCCCAUGUUGGUGAAUUGUCCAAGUUACAAUCGACGAUAACACCGAUGGUUGAAACACCGACAAUCAGCUCGGCCGUUCAAUCAUCAUCAACUAAUGAUCAUAUGACCUCUUUAGCGAAAGUUAGACUUCGUCCAGUGACACCGUUUACCCGACACUUUUUGAUCUUACUCUCGAGACAAUUUCUGGUGAUGGUUCGUGAUCCACUUCUUGGUGUAUUGCGUUUUGUUUUUGCGAUAAAUAUUGGCCUAACUUUGGGUGCUCUUUAUAAUGGAGUUGGAGUUUACUCUGGAUGUACACCCGAUAUAAGAGGUAAAGCGAAUCUUGAUCACAUGGAGGAGGUAAAACAGGCCAUUGAAGAUCAGGUUCGAUCGACGCAAGAUAAUAUUGGGUCACUUUAUUUUCUACUUCUUUAUUCUUGUCUGGCCAAUUUGAUGCCCAUGGCGGUGGCCAUUCCGAUGGAGAUUAAGAUCUUUGCUAAGGAAAGAUACAAUGGUUGGUACAAAACGAGUUCGUAUUAUAUGGCCAAAGGUAUCGCUGAGGUGCCUUUCAUUAUUGGUACGAAUGUGGUUGUGGUCACUUUACAUUUUCUCUUUACCAGUCAACCAUUGUCUCGAUAUUUUGAUACUUUUGUCAUCUAUUUUCUCGUUUCUUUGGUGUCACAAACCCAUGGAAUCAUGUGUGGUGCAUUUCUAAUGAACAACAUUGUGGCCUCCGUGUUCACCGCUCCCAAUACAACCGUUCCACUUAUACUUUUCUCUGGUUUCUUUAUUCGGCAAAAAGCGAUGCCCAUUAUUUUCCAAUACGCUUCUUACUGUUCGUACCUGAGGUGGGGAUUCGAAGGAUUCAUGGUCUCCGUUUUCGGAUUCAACAGAUGCGAACCACAAUUGACCAAAGCGAUGAUAAACGCUAAAAAUCAAUUAGGAUUUUUUCUUAAUUCCAUGUUCCGAAUGGCUCGAUUGUCGAUCGCUGAAAGUAACGAGGAACCCGAAGAUUUAAUUCUCAAGAAUCAAACCGACAAUCUAACUCGAAAUAUAGUUAACGGGAUUGGUGGAAGUUGGUUUAAUGAAGAAAAUCAAUCAGGAGCAAUUAGUUACUAUGAUUUAGAUGAUUCUGCUUACCUGAGGGCGAUUUAUGCUCUAUUAGCAACAUUGAUGAUUGGACGUUUACUAACUUAUUACAUUUUAAAAUGGAAAGGAAAUUUACAGAAAUAAUUAAUUAAUCAAAGGAUAUUAACAUUAUAUUUUAUUUUCCUUGUAAUUGUAACAACCAUUUCAAAAUAAUAAUCAUAUUAAAACGUGACAAUCAGAUUGUCAACUAAUGUUAAUGAAUUGCAACUAAUCAACUCGACAAUCAACAAGUGGAUGUUGAAAUGAUUGUUAAUUAGUGGUUAUUAAUUAACUAAUCACAAAAGAUUUUUAGAUAAAUGAGAGAUCAUUUUUCACUUAUGGUAAAUCAAUGAUGAUUUUUGGUACAUCAUUGAUCAUUUUGAUUAGUACAAUUGCAUUUAGAUGAAUGUUUUUAGUGUAAACAUAUAAGAUAACAAUUAAUUUUACCUUUUCUCUCUCUCUCUCACUCUCUCUUUUAACAGCAACAAUUAACAAGAAUUAUGAAUAUGUGGCCAAAGUGAGAAUGAAGUUUAUCACACUGAGGACCAAAUUGAUCACGUCUAACCAAUUUGUCUGUGGCGUAUUAGAAUUGGAACUUUUAGAAUUAAUAUUAAUAACAGCGUUACUAAUAACAGAGUUACUAAUAACAACGUUAUUAAUAUUAUUAAUAUUAAUUGUUACUGAACUAUGCACAUUAAAGUUGUGUGUGACAUUUUGGUUAGAUAAUUGUGUCAAUAUUGGCGGAGCAUCAGUUACCUUUUUUUCAUCCAAAUCCUUA